AUGCCGCACGGAGGCCGCGAGCAGUCGCCGCGCUCCUCCAAGCUCGGCCCGGCGGGGCGGGGGAGGGUUUUUAAGAACUCUCGCCUGCGCCCCACCGAAACCAGGACGCUGCACGUGGCGAUUCAGGGCUUCGUCGCCAGCGCCACGCCGACCCCAUCAGCCACCGGAGGUGCAGGGGAGGAAUUCUUCCCCCCGCCCCCCUCGAUACCCGACACCCCGGCUUCGCCCUCGCCUCCGCUGCGCACGGCCCCACCCGCGUGGCCGACCGCGGCGCCGGAACAGGAGCCGGAACCAAUGGACGUGGUGCCGACCACCGCCACUCCGGACGCGGGUGUACGCGGCGCAACCUGCCGCCACCGCAGCCGCCGCUCCACGCGCCACCGCUCCUCGCGCCCCCGCCCCCGCACCAGCCGCGGGACAGAAGCCGAGGAAGCCGCAGCCCGCCGCGGCCCCGCCGCGCCCCCAACGGCCUCCGAAGAAGCCGACUGCGAUGGCGCCAGCUGCGCCCAUGCGCCCAGCGCCCCCAGCGCCGCGCCCCCACGCGCAGCGCCCGUAUAUCGUGCGCCCCCGGACAACAUCGCGCCGGGGCGCUUCCCUUCGCCGCCGAAGAUGCCAGCGGACAAGAGGAAGGCGGUUUUUAUCACGCCGCCCUUCCGCCCACCACCCGUCCUGCCGCCCUUCGCUCCACCGCUGCACGGCGCUGCGCCCGUACCCACGUACGCAGCCGCCGCCGCCGCUACCACCACCGGAACGCCCGCCCCAGCCGCGCCCCCGACACCGAAGCCGCGCUCGCCCACGACACCGUGCGCCCCCCCGCCCAAGAAGACGCGUUACCCGCCGCUCAUCGUGGAGAAGCUCCCCAACUGGGUCGAGCACUUCACGGCCCUGAAGCGGCGGCUCGGACACGCGCCCAACGCGCGCCCCUUUGGGAAGGGGGUGCGCUUCACGCCCCGCUCCGACGAGGAGUACCGGGCGAUCCAGGCCUACCUGGCUGAACUGGAGAAACACCAGGGAGUCGCCUGGUUCUCGUACUCCCUCCCCGCGGAGCGAAGCGUCAAGGUGGCCAUACGUGGGUUACCUGUGGACACCCCGCCGGAGGCGAUUAUGGAGGCGCUGCAGGACGCCGGCUACGGCGCGGAGUACGUCCGCCCCAUCCGCGCGCGCCAGGGACGACCUGGGUGUUUAUACUACGCCCAGGUAGCGCGCGCAGAAAACACCAUCCCGGGCAUAUACGGGGUAACAGAGCUACUCUGUAUGCCCGGGAUUAAGAUCGAGGCGUGGCGCGGGAAAAAGGGCCCCGCGCAGUGCCACCGCUGCCAACAAUUUAGGCACUCGUCGCACAAUUGCCACCGGCCAAUGGCCUGUGUGCGGUGCGGCGAGGACCACCCGGCCCGCGAGUGCCCCCGCCCUAAGGAGGAGCCGCCCACCUGCGCGAAUUGCGGCGGCGCACACACGGCGAACAACACGUCGUGCCCGGUGUUCCGCCGCGAGACGCGCAACCCGAGGGCGGGUACUGUGGCGCGCACAGCCGCCGCCUCCACCGCCAAACCAGUAGCCGCACAGCCAAGGGGCGAACAUAACGCCCCUGGCUCUCUAAUGGCCGCGGCAAACGAGCCGGGAGGCGAGCGACGCAAGAGGCGCAGGCGCAAGAAGGCGCCCCCGCCAACCGCCGCCGCCCCCAGGCCCGCUGCUGCCACCGCCGGCGCCCCCCGCGCCCCCGCUGCCGCCCCCGCUGCUGCUCUCACCGGCGCCCCCCGCGCCACCGCUGCCACCACCAACACUGCCACUUCCGCUGCCACCGCUGCGCGCCCGGCGAGGCGCACGGCUGCGCCACGCGGAGCGAUCCAGUGCCGCUGCUCCUAG